UGCGGGGGCUCGGACGCCCCCCGCAGCCGCACGAAGUUCUGGAAGUGAGGGGGAUGGGCGGGAACCCCGAGAUUGGGCUCUCGCCCCCUGCGCGGGACGAGCCGGCUGCCCGGCCUGGAUUUGGGGCUUCACCCCCGACCCCACCUCUGGCCCGAGCUGCGCCUCCUCAGCCCCCAGGGCCGGGCCUGCCCUCCGCCCCCACAAACUGGUUUCUCUGCUUUGCUGGGCUCUGUUGGAACUAGUCCCCUGGACUCCCCGUUUCUGUUUUCCUGGGGUUUUAUUUGGCGGGGCGGGCGCAGAGAGGGGGCUUUCUUCCUGUCCCCCGCCAGCGCGCGCCAGGUCUCCUGCCCCGGGGCGGGCUUGGGUGCCCCCUCUGGCAGGAAGUGGGGCCGGGUGCACCCGCGUGGCGGUGCAUGCGGCCGGGGUGCGCUCGUUUCCCGCGCCUGCAGGGACGGCCUGCGCCCCUCCCCCUCGCGCUCUGGCCCCGACUCCCGCCGGUCUGCCCACAACGGCCCGGCGCAGGCACUUGCAGACGCCGCCUGGGUCUGGAGCAAGGGCCGACAGGGUCUUCACCAGCCGCUAGCAUCCCAGCCGUCGCUCUCGCACCUGCCCUGCAGAGAGGGAAGAUGAGCGAGUCGAGCUCGAAGGCCAGCCAGCCCUUGGCCUCCAAGCAGGAGAAGGACGGCACGGAGAAGCGCGGCCGAGGCAGGCCGCGCAAGCAGCCUCCGGUGAGUCCUGGGACAGCGCUGGUCGGGAGUCAGAAGGAGCCUAGCGAAGUGCCAACACCCAAGAGACCUCGGGGCCGACCAAAGGGGAGCAAGAACAAGGGUGCUGCCAAGACCCGGAAAACCACCACAGCUCCAGGAAGGAAGCCAAGGGGCAGACCCAAAAAACUGGUAGAAGGAGGAAGAGGAGGGCAUCUCGCAGGAGUCCUCCGAGGAGGAGCAGUGACCGCGCCGUGCCGCCUGCUCCGGCAUCCCAGGAGCAGCUUUCCUCUGGGACUGGACGGCUUCGCUCUGCUCCCACUGCCCCCGCCCUCCCCCAGGCCCGCACCCCGACCUGCGCCCUCCCCACCGCACACUACACAGCACACCACGCUGUAGGCCCCCGCCCUCCCAGGGGGAGGCCAGCUGCCCUCUGGCCUCAGCUCCUGACCUGCCCUCCCGCAGCACACACUCGCCCGCCUGGACAAGGCUGAUUCCCACUUAGCCGCACCCUGCACCUGCCGCGACCCCGCUCCCUGGCCGGUGGGAACACUGCUUUGUGGGCUCUUGGUUUGGGGGCCCUUUCUCGGCUCUACUGUUCCCUCUGGCUUCCCAGAGAGGGGGCUGAGAGGGCUCCCCUGGCCUUAAGGGGCCCAGGCCCCAUCUCAUUCUGACAUGCACCACUCCAUUGCCCUGGUGGCAGCAGGUGUGGCCAAUAGCCCCCUGGGAUGCCCCAAUAACCACAGCCACCAGGUGGGGCUCCCAGCCCGUGUUCUGCUUUCCCUCACCUCACCAGGUCCCUGUCCGAGGAUGGGCAGCCACCUGCCCACCCUGCAGCCACUCUGGGAUUUGGGUAUUGCAGUUAGACGUGCAGCAGGGUCGCCUGUUGUCCAAGUGAGGCCCAGGGUCCCUGUGGCAGCCACCCGAGGGGGGCUGGGGCCGUGCCCACCCCUCCCUGCUUCUGCUCUAGGCCUGUCUCCCUCCCAUGGGGCACUAAUAACAAGGAGCUAGCCCUGCCCGCCCCCACCCCUCCUGCUCCGCCCCACCCCCCAAGGUUCUGGUUCCAUCUUUCCUCUGUUCACAAACUACCUCUGGACAGUUGUGUUGUUUUUUGUUCAAUGUUUUGUCCUUAGACAUCCCAUCACCGCUGCUGCUGUCAGCGCCUAACGCUCCCCCCAUUGCCCGCCUCAUUCUGUCCGCAUCCCUCCCCCGGGACAAGGGGGCUGGGGCGCAGCAGGCUGGGGCCCUGACACUCAGGCCCAGGGAAGGUGGGGCCUCACCCCUAGGGUGCUGCAGCAGAGCCAGGGGGCCCGUGUUUGUCCUGAAGGGUGUAGGAGCCGCCUUCUCCCCCUGUUCUGUUGGGGAGGGGGCAGCCGUUUUAUGUCCCAGCCUGGGGCUCCCCCUUUGGUUUCCUAUUUGCAGUUACUUGAAUAAAAAAAUAUCCUUUUCUGGAAA